AUGAGCUAUCCCGAAGAAGCACCAACAGCAGCGACAUAUCCACAACCAUCUUGGUACGACCAAGAUGAUGAAGCUUUACUCACUCAUCUGGACCUGCAAGUGGACCCAAAGCUCACCACUUACUGGGACGAGUUGACUACCGAAGAGCUCCGAAAAAUGCCUGAUGAUGAGCUCGAAUGGACAAGGGGACAGUGGCAAAUUUUUACACGCGCUGAUGGGCUGAACAAUACCACUCUUGAAAUUGACAGUGGCCUUCGCGCGUUUCUCGAAAAUUCAAACGGGGAGUUGAUAGAAGCUUCGGCCGCGUCUGCAACUGGAUCGCUCGAGCAAAGCGUCAGCAGGUAG